AUGGCUGGACCUAUGGACAGCCCUCCGCGCGCGCCCCCGGUCAAGUACGCAACACCUCUAGGCACUCGAUGGCAGAAGGAGAAGGCCGCAGCCGGCUCCAACGCUUUCGACUACCCCGACGAUGCCAAGUACGUCGGCCCUUGGAUCAUCGGCGAGUGUGUCGGAAAGGGCGCCAGCGGCCGCGUCAAGAUCGCUCGUCACCGCCGCACCGGACAGCUCGCCGCGGUCAAGAUCCUUCCCCUCCAACCGUUCCUCUCCUCGCGCAGCGCGGCGACCUCCACCGCACAGGCCAAAGUCGACAAGCAACGCCUCGGGAUCGACCGUGAGAUCAUCAUGAUGAAGCUCAUGAACCACCCGAAUAUCAUGCGUAUCUACGACGUCUACGAAGGUGACAAGGAGCUCUAUCUCAUCCUCGAGUACGUCGAGGGCGGCGAGCUCUUCGACUUCCUCGUCAAUCGCGGCCGCCUCGCCCCGCUUGAGGCCCUCGCCUACUUCAAGCAGAUCGUCUAUGGCCUCAACUACGCACACGUGUUCUCAAUCAUCCACCGCGACCUUAAGCCGGAGAACAUCCUCAUCCACUCGCUCCAGCCUCCACUCAUCAAGAUCGCCGACUGGGGCAUGGCCGCGUUUGCCCCACCCUCUCUUCAACUCGAGACCAGCUGCGGCAGCCCGCACUACGCCAGCCCGGAGAUCGUCAACGGACACAAGUACUGCGGAACUGCGACGGACAUCUGGAGCUGCGGGGUGAUCUUGUAUGCGCUCCUUACUGGCCGUCUCCCCUUUGACGACAAGAAUGUCCGUGUAUUACUCUCCAAGGUCAAGGCUGGCAAGUAUGAAAUGCCCGCUUUCGUCGACCUCUGGCGAAGGACCUGCUGGCUCGGAUGCUCGUCGUUGACGUUACUGAGCGCAUCACUAUGGCCGAGUCCUCGCACACCCUUGGCUCGAGGGCGCGACCCCGGUAUCCUGUAUGUUCCCGCUCCGCCUGUCCUAGAACUUGCACAGCCCCUCCCGUCUGCGCUGCACAUCGAUCGCGACCUCUUCGAGUCUCUGGCUGUCAUCUGGGGCCGCCACGCGGAUCUCGACAGUAUCAGAACCGACCUCCUCAGUCCCGUCGGGCGAGGCACGCUUGCAAAGGCUUUCUACUUCCUCCUCCAGCAACAUCGCGAGACGACAAUGAAUGAACAUGAAACCCUCAUGCGUGUCGACGAGAUCUUGGGCAUCGAAGGGAAGAUCAUCACCAAGCAGUACGCCGCACCCCUCUCAAAGCCUGGUCGCCGUUCCGUCGACACCAUCCGCGCUCCGCCCUCGAAUCCUGCGUCGGAGUAUCUGCGCUCAGUCCGCCCUAUCCCUGCGUCACUACCUCUGCCAAUCUCUGGUGCUUCUUCGCCGCCUCGGACCGCCAUCGCACACACUCUCCCUAUGGACCGUGGACCGACCCGUUCUCACCCACCUUCCCCUGCUGGUCCUCGUCCGCAGAAGUCUCGCUCCCAGGCCGCUCGGACGUCUAUCACACGGUCUGCCCCUCCGGAGUUUGUCCCGAACCCCGAUCUGUCUCGUCUGCGCUCUCAGACGCUCGGAACCGGUUCCCCGAUGGUCAUCUCACCUCGUCCCGAAACAACAAUGCAGUCUCGCAUCCAUCCUUACGCUGCAGCCGGCGCUCAGCUUGUUCCCUGGUCCUCUCCGAUGCCUGAUUCCAUUACGCCUCCGGCUCUCUCUGGCGCGCCGUUCUCUCCACUGGAACGCCAUCGAUACUCGCCUGGAAGCGGCUGGCCCAAGCAGACGCGGGUCGACAAGGAGAACAUGGGCGCAUCUGGAGGCAACCAAUGGCGCCCACCUCGGGAAGAAGAAGCUAGCAAGCCACCCCCGCUCGACGUGAGCGGCGUCCCCAUCUUGUCCAAGCGGUCCACCUUCUCCAUCGGCUCUCCGCGCCCCGGCUCCCCGCCGACCGGGUCCCCGAGCAGCAUGGGCGAAGUCCGCGGCUGGUUCUCGAACCUCUUCCACUGGAAGUCCGCCCAGCCGCUCGUCCUCUACUCCACGCGCGACGUCGCCGAGACGCGCGCCGAGACGAUGCGGCUGCUCGAGGCCCUCGGCGUCGCGGUCACGCUCGCGGACCCGGACGGCAGGGGGCCGCGGCGGCGUGGAGCGUGCUGCUCUGCCGCGCGGCGGACGAGCACGCGAAGCCGGUCCGCUUCCGCGUCGAGUUCACGACGCUCGCGAGCCUCCACGGCGUGUCGCUCCCCGGGCGCGCGGUGGGGUGCGAGACCGCGACGGGGAUCGCGCUCGAGAAGGGCGGGGUGGGCGCGUUCAGGGCGCUCUGCCAGCGCGUCCGCGCGGAGUGGCGGCUCGACGCGCUGA